AUGCGUACCGAUAGUGAUGUCGUGCUCCAGCAACUAUCGUCACAGAUGCUUAACCCAGUGGCACUGUACCCGGCCGUGCGCGAGCGUCACAAGCCAUCGUACCACGCGCCUGGAGGACACCUGAGCGAGGAGGAGGACGACCUUGCGGACGCGCUGAGCCCGGGUGUACAACCAGCUGCCGGGUGGUGGGUGCUCGAGCCAGUGCCCACGCGCCGUUCUGUGCAGCGCACGGACGAGACGGUGGGAGACGGAAGUGUACGUGAAAAUGGACGCGCGCAUGUUGUUUCGGAGGAGGAGGUGCACGCGGUCUACGUGCACCGCAGACGCAGAUCAGAGAGAGAUAGGGAGGGCAAUAAGCUGGGCGGACGACCUGCGGACGAAGAUUGGCGUCGGGUCUGCGUAAGUAGCGUAGGCCGUCCACUACAGGCUACAGCCUAGGAGCGCGAGCUCGAAGAUUUCGCGAUGGGUCCUCGGAUGUUUUUGUCGCGUUUGCCAGAGUUUCGCUAUUGCCCUCGAUAGAACACUUCUCUUUUUACCGCUGGUCUGGAAUAAUGGGGCUUACCUGUAUCCCUUCUCAGCUGUACAGUGCAAG